AUGGAACACAUUGUAAAUAGUGGUUUUCCAUUGGUGAAAUUAAGUAGAUUAUUAGCCCUGAAGGGUAUGAGGAAGAGUUUCCGAGCUGUUUAUGGUUACUACUUUUACCCUUUGACAUCUGAAGACCUUAUCUUGUUUGCUUCGGACUUUGAUUUGUUUGAAAACACUAAUAUCAAUGGUGUGUCCUUGUGUAUCCUUGUGUGUUUGAUAACUGAGGUAAUAGUUUACUGGUUGAUGGAUUUGGCUAAUUGCUUCGUGGAUGGCAAUGCGGAUGCUGUUGAAUUUUGCCCCCACAAUUCAUUCCAGCAUGUGCUUGCAGCCUCCACGUACACGCUACAAGAGGGGGAUGAGCCUAAACGAACUGGAAGCAUCUCUCUUUUUAAUCUUGAUGCUGAUGUUGGUAAUCUUGACUUGGCCUAUAGAGCUGAGACUGCUGGGAUUUUUGAUAUAAAGUGGAACCCCGUUGUUGGUGAUACGAUACCUUUGCUUGCUCAAGCAGAUGCUGAUGGUUACUUGAGAAUUCAUAGGCUUGGAUGUUGUUUAAAUGGGUCUGAAACACCUGGGCAUUGUUUGGAAGAUGUUUGCGGUGAGCAUAUUAGUUCGUCCAUGUGUUUAUGUCUAGAUUGGGACCCUUCAGGCUCAUCUGUCACAGUGGGUCUUUCUGAUGGAUGCGUCUCGAUAGUUUCUUUACGUGAGUCGCAGUUAAGUGUUGUACAAGAAUGGAAAGCACAUAACUUUGAGGUCUGGGCUACCUCCUUUGACCACCACCAACCACAUCUUGUUUACUCGGGAUCUGAUGAUUGUAACUACGACGAGCAGCUGAGGGUGUGGGAUUUGAGAUCAAUGUUGAGGCCUGUGAACGAAACUUCAAUUGGUCUAGGGGGAGGAGUGUGGAGAAUCAAGCACCAUCCUUCGAUUCCAGGAGUUGUUUUGACUGCGUGUAUGCACAAUGGUUUUGCAGUGAUGAAAACGAAAGGUGGUGAGCCUGAGGUAAUUGAAAGGUAUGAAAAACACGGUUCACUUGCAUACGGUGCAGAUUGGCAUAGAGGGAAGUUUACCGGGGAAGGAAAAAUAGGAAAUAGGGCUGUUGUGGCUACUUGCUCAUUCUAUGACCGUCUCCUUCGUGUUUGGAUGCCUCAGUGUGACUUAACAUUAUUCGACUGA